AUGUCUUCCAAUGAUAACACCUCAACUUUCAAGUCGGCUGUUGACACCGCUACUGGCUCUGUCCAGUCGGGUAUAGCAGCUGUGACCGGUAGCGCUGGUGACAAGGCCAAAGCUGAUGAGUACAAGGACAAGGCCGCCGCCGAAUCUGACCUCUCCCACACCGCUGCCAAGGCUGGUCCUUUCGCCAUCAGCUCGUCUGGCGCACCUGCCAAAGACAGCCCCGACCGCACCCAAGGAUCAUGGGACCAGACUGUCGGUAGCGCUAAGGAAACCGUGGGCAACCUGGUCGGCAGCGAAGACCUCAAGCAGCAAGGUCGCGAACAGAAUCUCCAAGGUCAAGGUCAAGAAGCUAAGGGCCAGUUGAGUGACCUCGGAAAAGGCGUUAGUGAUCGUGCUCAAGGUGCUGUUGGCGGUGCGGUGGCCGCGCUUACAGGCGACCGCGCCGAGCAGGCCAAGUAUCAAGAUUUGCAUGAUGAGGGCAAGACCAGACAGCGUGGUGUCGAGUUAGACUUGGACAAGCAGGCCGCCGCUCAGUAG